UGCUCUCUUCAACAAGUACCACCAUGAUAGUAUUUCAAACAGCUAACAUGUUGUUAUUAGCAGUCAAGUUUCAAUUAGUUUUAUCUCAGUCACUCAACAAUACGGACACUUGUAAGAAGAUGGCAUUCUAUAGGAGGCCUGAGAUGGAUGAUCUGGUGUUUACCAGGAGCCUGAUAGAAGAGAUGAACCAGGUGGACAUGAGGGCUGAAUGUUUCCCUCUAUGUCACCGUCGGGAGUUGUGUAACCUAGUCUUGUACAACUCACUGACAAGGAAGUGCAGAGUAUACACUGAAGCCUUUGGCUCGAUCAGUGACGGCACAGUUGAAACUGGAUGGCAGUACUAUGGAACUAACUGUGUCAACUUUAGACUUGACAAUGCGCACGCAGAUGUUGACGUCAUCAACACUGCCCCCAAAGAUGUCUGCAACUCGAACAUCAUUGCCUCCGACGACAACACAUCUUCAUGUUAUGUUGGUGCAUCAUGGGAAGUGGUGCCAGUCAAGUGUGUGUCAUGUUACACAGGCCUACCACAACAGUACGCGUAUCCAUACGCGGCACAUACACAAGAUUUGACCUUUGACCUUGCCGCAGGGAUGAAGCUGAAGAUGGAAGUGGCAGGAGACACAACUCCACCCAACGGUGUCUGGAUGGUAACCCUGACCGAGGACAUCGUGUAUGUGUUGUCUUUGAGAUGGGGCACUACCCCAACUGUAGCCAUCUUCAACACCUGGCACGGUGGAGUAUAUGGAGCAGAGGAAAGACGGUAUGGUCUGUCAGUGAACAACAUCAGCAGCUACAGUAUUGAAAUCCACAUCAGUCAGUCUACCUUCGAGACCUAUGUCGACGGAACUCUGUGGAUGACCAACCAGAUGCGUCUCCCGUUCAUUGAUGUCCGACGUGUAAAUGUUGAAGGCUUUACGGCACUGCGGAGUUUCCACAUUGGCUAUGAGAUGUGCUGAUUUCAAGUGAUGACUUUGUCGCACUGGCCAUACAAGGUAUACUCACAAAUACUUGAAGAUCCUCCGUUUUGUAUCCCUUGUGAUGUGAGAGAGUGACAGUCAAACAUCUCCUGCUCCAUCAUAAGGGAUAAGUAUUGCA